AUGAACAUCAUCGAGGAACAUCACGAUGUCUAUACCAGAGCGCCUGAGCGUGAGGUUACGCUCCUCCACAUGAGGAAGAACACAAUGAUCAGGAACGACUCACUUUCACACCCAGGCCCAGGCAAUCUUUGCAGCCUCAUGGCCAAUGUCAACUGCCCGCUACUCUUCAUAUCCCUUCUUGUCUGGACACUGUUUCUGGCCUAUCUGAUUGCAGUCAUCAUCCAGUUGGUCGUCUGGGGCACUACCUCUUGGCGCAGGAUCCCCUUGCGACUAUGGGCACUGCUGGUCCGGCGUGAGCUCUACAUUGUCUCACUGCACGACUUCGCAACGGGCGAAUGCAUUAUAGCUGGUGCCUUCCCUUCUCAAACGGAUGCAACAAAUGCCAUCGAUCAGAUCUUGGAGAAUGACUUUGAAGGCCGAGAUUUGUGGGACAACGACCUCAAACACUGCGUACUCGACAACACCGACCUCGGCCUACUCAUCAAGUUACCACAAGGCCACGAGCAUUUCUCUGGGGUCAUGGCGGCUGUCCAUAACAUGCGUUUCAGGGACGGCGUGCAGGACACAUGGUGA